AAACACCACGGCAAGACCACCCUGACGGCUGCCAUCACCAAAGUUUUAUCCUCGGGGGGAGGGGCCCAGUUCCGCCGCUACGAGGACAUCGACUCUGCCCCCGAGGAGAAGGCUCGGGGCAUCACCAUCAACGCUGCCCACGUGGAGUACAGCACCCCAAACAGGCACUAUGCCCACACUGACUGCCCUGGGCACGCCGACUACGUCAAGAACAUGAUCACGGGCACCGCCCCCCUGGACGGGGCCAUCCUGGUGGUGGCGGCCACGGACGGGCAGAUGCCCCAAACCCGCGAGCACCUCCUAUUGGCCAGACAGGUGGGGGUCCAGCACGUCGUGGUCUACGUCAACAAGGCCGACGCGGUGACGGACCCGGAGCUGCUGGCGCUGGUGGAGCUCGAGGUGCGGGAGCUGCUCAGCGAGUUCGGCUUCGAUGGGGAGAAAACCCCGGUGGUCGUGGGGUCAGCGCUGUGUGCCCUGCAGGACCGGGAUCCGGAGCUGGGGCUGAACUCGGUGCUGAAGCUCCUCGAGGCCGUCGAUUCCCACAUCCCACAACCCCCCCGGGACCUGGAGAGGCCCUUCCUGCUGCCCGUGGAGGCUGUGCAUUCUAUCCCAGGCCGCGGGACGGUGGUGACGGGGACGGUCGAGCGCGGAACGAUCCGGAAGGGGGAGGAGGUCGAGCUGUUGGGAUACGGCCGGAACGUCCGCUCUGUCGUGACAGGGAUUGAGAUGUUCCACAAGAGCCUGGACAGGGCCGAGGCCGGGGACAACCUGGGGGCUCUGCUGAGGGGGCUGCGCAGGGAGGACGUGAGGAGGGGGAUGGUCCUGGCCCAGCCCGGCACCCUCCGGCCCCAGCAGAAGGUGGAGGCCCAGGUGUACGUGCUGAGCCCGCAGGAGGGGGGGAGGCACAAACCCUUCGUGUCCAACUUCACCCCCGUGAUGUUCUCCUACACCUGGGACAUCGCCUGCAGGGUCAUCCUGCCCCCCAACAAGGAGCUGGUGAUGCCCGGGGAGGACACAGCUCUGUCCCUGCUGCUGCGCCAGCCGAUGGUGCUGGAGCUGGGCCAGCGCUUCACCCUCCGUGACGGCUCCAGGACCAUCGGCACCGGCGUCGUGUCCAAGGUGCUGCCCUUGGAGGCCGCGGACAAGGACGUGUCCUGGGGCUGAGGGACCCCCUGGGACCCCCUGGGGCUGAGGGACCC